AUGUCUCACACAGUCGACAUCCCGAACGAGCUCAAGGCGUCCCUGCGCAAGUUCAGGUUCGCCCGCCGCAAUGCCGGCAGCGCCGCCCUCAUCGUCAAGAUCAACAAGCAGAAGCUCAUCAUGGAGGAGGUAGAGCAAUUCGAUAACAUCAGCAUCGAUGAUCUUGCAGAAGAGCUACCAGAGAACUCGCCUCGCUACGUCGUAUUGUCCCAUGAGCUCAACCACUCCGAUGGGCGCAAGUCGUUCCCGCUCGUGCUCGUCAACUGGGCACCAAGGUCAAGCGAAAUGGGGCUCCUGACGCUGCACGCAAGUGCCUUCAUUGAUUUCCAGAAUACGGCGGAUGUGAGCAAAGUCAUCGAGGUCCGGGAGGGUGCAGAAGGCUUCACACAAGAGGCUAUCGAUUCCAAGUUAUUGCAGGGAUAA